AUGGAGAUGAAUAACAAAAAAAGUGUUAAAGGAAAAGUGGUUUUAUUGAAGAAGAGCUUGUUGGAUUUUCAUGAUAUCAAAGCCAAUGUUCUUGACCGUGUUCAUGAGUUUUUAGGCAAAGGUGUCUCUAUUCAGCUCAUUAGUGCUACUACUCCUGAUCCAGCAAAGGGAAUGCAAGGAAAACAUGGAAAAAUGGCGUACUUGGAGAGGUGGAUUUCAAGUAUUACAUCGUUGACAAGAGCAUCAGACACAGAAUUUUCAGUGACAUUUGAUUGGGAACAUGAGAAAAUGGGAGUUCCUGGUGCUUUCAAAAUCAGAAAUAAUCACCAUAGCCAAUUUUACCUAAAGAAAGUUACCAUUGAAGACAUUCCAGGACAUGGUCCUGUAACUUUUGUUUGCAACUCUUGGAUUUACCCUGCUCAUCGUUACACACAUGAUCGUGUUUUCUUUGCAAACAAGACUUAUCUUCCCUGUGAAACACCAGAGCCACUGCGCAAGUUGAGAGAAGAAGAACUUGCAGCCCUCCGUGGUAAAGGAGUUGGAAAACUCAAUGAGUGGGAUAGAGUAUAUGACUAUGCAUUUUACAAUGACUUAGGAACUCCAGAUGAUGGUCCAGAUUAUGCACGUCCCGUUAUCGGAGGAUCACAGAUGUUUCCUUAUCCGCGUCGAGGAAGAACUGGUCGUCCACCUACCAAAACAGAUCCUAAAACUGAGUCAAGAUUGCAUCUCUUGAAUCUUAAUGUUUAUGUACCAAGAGAUGAACAAUUUGGCCAUGUAAAGUUCUCGGACUUUCUAGCUUAUGCACUCAAAUCAGUUGCUCAGGUUUUGCUUCCGGAGCUUAAAUCUCUGUGUGACAAAACUAUCAAUGAGUUUGAUACUUUUGAAGACGUGUUUGAUAUUUAUGAGGGAAGUUUUAAGCUCCCAAGUGGAGCUUUGCAGAGUAAAAUUAGAGAACUUAUUCCUUAUGAGAUUCUUAGGGAACUUGUUAGGAAUGAUGGUGAGAAAUUCCUCAAAUUCCCAGUGCCUGAUGUGAUCAAAGCUAGUAAGACUGCAUGGAGGACCGACGAGGAGUUUGCAAGAGAAAUGCUUGCUGGUGUUAACCCUAUUAUCAUCCGCCGUCUCCAAGAAUUUCCUCCAGAAAGCCAGCUAGAUCCUAGUGUCUAUGGAGACCAAAACAGUUCAAUCCAAGAAAAGCACAUAACAAAUAGUUUAGAUGGGUUCACAAUAGAUGAGGCUAUUCAAAGGAAUAAACUAUAUAUAUUAGACCACCAUGAUGCUCUAAUGCCAUACCUAACUAGAAUAAACUCUACAAACACAAAGACUUAUGCUACCAGAACAGUUCUAUUUCUACAACAUGAUGGCACAUUGAAGCCACUGGCUAUUGAAUUAAGCUUACCUCAUCCACAAGGUGAACAACAUGGAGCUGUGAGUAAAGUUUUCACUCCAUCACAAGAAGGAGUAGCAGCCACCGUUUGGCAGUUGGCUAAAGCAUAUGCUGCUGUGAAUGACUCUGGAUAUCAUCAACUAGUUAGCCAUUGGUUAUAUACUCAUGCAGUGAUUGAACCAUUUUUAAUAGCCACAAACAGACAACUGAGUCUUCUUCAUCCGGUUCACAAGCUCUUGAAGCCACACUUUAAGGAUACAAUGCAUAUAAAUUCCUUAGCUAGACAUACACUUAUCAAUGCUGGAGGUGUACUUGAGAAAACAGUUUUUCCCGGUAAAUACGCCCUGGAAAUGUCGGCUGUUGUAUAUAAAGAUUGGGUGUUCACCGAGCAGGCAUUGCCUGCUAAUUUACUCAAGAGAGGGAUAGCGGUUCGAGAUUCAAAUAGCCCUCAUGGACUCAAACUUCUGAUAGAAGACUAUCCUUUUGCUGUUGAUGGGCUGGAAAUAUGGGAUGCAAUUGAAACUUGGGUGAGUGAGUAUUGUAAGUUCUACUACACAUCAGAUGAAAUGGUUGAGAAUGACUAUGAACUCCAACGCUGGUGGAAAGAAGUUCGCAAUGAGGGUCAUGGUGACUUGAAAGAUAAGUCAUGGUGGCCACAAAUGAAGACAAGAAUUGAGCUCAUUCAAUCAUGCACUAUUAUUAUAUGGGUGGCUUCUGCUUUUCAUGCAGCAGUGAACUUUGGACAGUACCCUUAUGCCGGUUACCUACCUAAUCGUCCAACGGUUAGUCGCAGGUUCAUGCCUGAGCCAGGUACGCCAGAGUAUGAAGAGCUUGAAUUUGAUCCGGAAUUAGCAUUCUUGAAAACAAUCACUGCUCAGUUUCAAACUCUCCUUGGUGUCUCAUUGAUAGAAGUUCUGUCGAGGCAUUCGACUGAGGAAGUUUACCUUGGACAGACAGUAGAUCCUGACUGGACUUUAGAUGCUGAACCGUUGGCAGCUUUCAAGCGAUUUUCGCAGAAGUUGUUGGAGAUUGAGAAUAAUAUCAUGAAAAGGAACAAGGAUCCAAGUUUGAAAAACAGAAAUGGGCCUGUGAAAUUGCCUUAUACCCUUCUGUUUCCCAAUACCUCUGAUUAUUCUAGGGAGGGUGGACUCACAGGAAAGGGAAUUCCUAAUAGUAUAUCCAUCUAA